AUUUGCAGAUGGAAGGAAAGUCUUCCACAGAUAUAAAUGUCGCUUCAGAACUUGAAGACAUAGAUAACAGACGAUUUCCGUUAGCAGAAGUCUCACUGACUCUUGUCUAUAAAGGCGACAUUUUGAUAGCUACAGCAAUUGUCGUCUCUUGUAAUAGUGCUCUUAUUGUCUGUGAUAUUCAAGAAGGAUUUCGUAGCUCGAUAUUAUCAUUCCCUGAACUUUUACAAGCAGCCGGCUUUCUUAGAAAAAGCGCAAAGUUACUCGGAGUUCCUACUUUGUUUUCUGAGCAAUGGCCUGAAGAGUACGGCCACACAGGUGAAAAUAACAAUUCUUUCCUUGAAUAAGUCGAAAAAUUCGAUGCUAGUUGUAGCAAAGUUUUCUCAAAAAGGACAUUUAGCUUGCUUGAAAAUCAAAAAGGAAAAGAGCUGCUUUUUUCAACUAAGCGCGAGAAUAUAAUUUUGGAUGGCGUUCAAGCACAUAUUUGCGUACAACAGUCAGUUUUAGAUAUCCUAAAAGAAGGCUUUCCAGUAUUUCUUGCAGUCGACACAGUCGGAGCGAGAAGAGAUGUUGAAUAUGAAACUGCCAUUCAUUGCAUAGAACGGGCGGGUGCCGUUCUCACCACAAGCGGUUGGUUGUGGUUUUUACAUUCUGAUGCUUGAGAAUUCAAACCAUGAAGAGAAACAAUAGUGUUCCAGUGGUUACGAGAUAUCGAUCAUCCUUGUUUUUCAAAAGUACAAAGUCAUUUAAAAAGACCAUCGGAAAAAAAGGAAUACGGAUAGCUUAACAAUUUAGCAUUGAUAAAACCAAGCAAGUCAUUUAAUAGAUGCGAAGUUAUUCGGAUG